AUAAGCACAAAACAAUGGCUUCAUUCCAACGUUCAACAAUGUUUUGCCUCUUCUUUAUGAUCACAAUAUUCAUCCCGUUUGGAUCGGUCUUAGCUGGAGCUGCGUAUGCGGUCCCUCGUGCACCUACUGUGUACCGCCCGAGUCCAUGGACUCUCGCCCAUGCCACGUUUUAUGGAGACGAGUCCGCCUCUUCAACCAUGGGAGGUGCAUGUGGAUAUGGAAACUUGAUGACUAACGGAUAUGGCACGAACACAGCCGCACUGAGCUCGACAAUGUUUAACAACGGUUAUGCAUGCGGGCAAUGUUAUCAAAUGCGGUGUGUGCAAUCUCCAUGGUGCUCGAAAGGCAUUGCCACGGUCACCGCCACCAACCUCUGCCCUCCAAACUGGUCUCAGGAUUCUAACAACGGUGGAUGGUGCAACCCGCCUAGGACCCAUUUCGACAUGGCCAAACCCGCUUUUAUGCAAAUAGCCCAAUGGAAAGCCGGCAUUGUCCCCGUCAUGUAUCGUAGGGUGCCUUGUGUGAGGAAAGGUGGUCUUAGAUUUUCUUUCCAAGGAAAUGGCUACUGGUUGCUAGUCUAUGUAAUGAACGUUGGUGGCGCGGGUGACAUCAAGAGCAUGUGGGUUAAGGGAACCAAGACGGCUUGGAUAAGCAUGAGCCAUAACUGGGGAGCAUCGUAUCAAGCUUUUGCAACACUUCGUGGUCAAGCAUUGUCGUUUAGGCUAACCUCGUACACAACCAAGCAGACCAUAACGGCUUACAAUGUCGCCCCGGCUAAUUGGAACGUCGGGUUGACUUACCAAGCCAAUGUUAACUUUCACUAAUCAGUCGACAUCAAUGUGGUGUUGAUUUUUGCCAAAAUAGAAUUUGUGGCAUGUAUUUUUCACAUUUUAAGUUGUAUAACUUUUGUUGUUGAUUGUGAUACGUAUGAACUUGUUUAAGAACGACUAAUUAUGAGAAAACUUUGACUUGCUUUGGUUUAUUGUA